CAGUUACAUUAAAUGUGCGUUGGCCUUUUUUUUUUGUCGGCAGUAAAAACGUGGCCAAUGCCAAGGAAAAUUUAACAAUGCGGCAAAAUAAAAAUAAAAGCCAAACAAAUUGUGCAUGAAAUGAUGCCAGGACGACCAUUGCAGCCAUCGACUUGCCUUCAGUCAGCCUAUGGAAAAAUAUAUUCGAAAUUUGCACAAAUGAAAAUUGUGACAGAAAAUUGAAUUACCCCAAGCGGAGGCAACAACAACAACAAUGACAUGGCCGACGGCUACCGCAGUGAAAACAAAACAAUAAAAGCGAGAAUAAAAGUUGAAAGUGUGCCCCUGAAUCGAAUAUGUUGACAAGGCCGCUGUAAAAUUUGGCUCCCUCUUGAGGUCUACAAAAGCUAAUCAAAGCUUUCAUGGACCAUGGACGAGUAUGACGCAAUUGGUGACGCCCGACUGCAACAGGCUGAUAUACAACUACUUUCAUGGAAUCGUUGCAACACGUCAACUGUUCAGUUCUAACAGAAACUUCACUCAGGCAAGAUGUGGGCCUACAAAGUCUACGUGGUGCUCAUGGUGCUCGGUCUAGGGGUCCUAAUAGUAGAAGCAGAUGAGGACAGAGAUAUCGUAAAUGCCACUCUCUUUGUGGACGAAUGUCCGCACAUUCAAAUGGAAGAGAAUGCUCCCAAGUAUAGGCUGUUGGGCGUGUGGUACGCCUAUGCAACAACUCCGCUGCCCUUUCAGCACUAUCAGCGUAGAUGUGCCUCGUACAAUGUGAGGAACUCAACCUACUUUAAGACCAACAUUCUCUAUUAUGAGAAAAAAAAAGCAGAGUGUGUCGUCACAUAUUCAUGCAAAUACAAUCAAGCUAUCAAGCAGUAUGGACCCUUCGAAUACUGACACGCUCGCGCACCCCUGACAGCGAACUGAUUGCAGAGACCAACGAGUAUUUGAUGAGUCGAGGAUUUAAUAUCAGAAUACUGAUAUGGCUAAGAGCAAA